AUGGCAACAAACAAUGAUCUUGUGCGUGACUUUGAGCAAGUCCGACUCCAGGACGGUGCCGUCGUGGGAGGCAAGAAUGCCUCGCUGGGUGAGAUGAUCAACGCCCUUGGGGCAAAAGGAAUCGCCGUGCCUCCUGGCUUUGCCACCACGGCUCAGGCGUACUGGGUCUACGUGGACGCCAACGGAAUCCGGGACACGCUGGCCGGGCUGAUCGCAGACUGGCAAGCGGGAAAGACAACGCUGGCCGAGACGGGCAGGGCAAUGCGCCGGCUGUUUCUUCGGGGCAGCUGGCCGGACGAUGCCGCCACGAGCAUCCGGGCCGCCUAUCGCGCCCUGGCGACGCGAGUCGGCGUCUCCGACCCGAGUGUGGCAGUCCGCUCGAGCGCCACGGCGGAGGACUUGCCGGACGCCAGCUUCGCCGGGCAGCUCGAAUCGUACCUCAAUGUCACCGGGGAGACGGCGGUGCUGGACGCCUGCCGGCGGUGCUACGCCUCGCUCUUCACCGACCGGGCCAUCAGCUACCGUGCCACCAAGGGCUUCGACCAGCUGGGCAUCGCGCUGUCCGUCGGCGUGCAGCACAUGGUGCGGUCCGACGGCGGCGGGUCCGGCGUCAUGUUCUCGAUCGACACCGAGAGCGGGUUCGACCGCGUCGUCCUCAUCAAUGCCGCGUGGGGGCUCGGCGAGAACGUCGUGCAGGGCGCGGUCAACCCGGACGAGUACCAGGUCUUCAAGCCGCUGCUGGGCCAGCCCCGGCUGCGGCCCAUCAUCAGCAAGACGCGAGGCGACAAGGCCAUCAAGAUGAUCUACAGCGACGACCCGCAGCAGCCCACCCACAACGUGCCGACGUCCAAGGCCGAGCGCGCCGCGUUCGUUCUCGGCGACGCGGAGAUCCUCCAGCUCGCCCACUGGGCGUGCACCAUCGAGAGCCACUACGGGCGCCCCAUGGACAUGGAAUGGGCCAAGGAUGGGGCCACGGGGCCCCUGUACAUCGUGCAGGCGCGGCCCGAAACGGUGCACUCGCGCCGCGGCGAUGCCACCGCCCGCCUCCACACGUACCGGGUGGGCCGCGGCAAGGGCCGGGUGCUGGCGACGGGCCUGUCCGUCGGGGAGGCGGCCGUCGCGGGGCGCGUCUGCCUCAUCGAGUCGGCGCGCGACCAGGACCGGUUCGUCGACGGGUCGAUCCUGGUGACGCCGACCACGGACCCGGACUGGGUGCCCAUCAUGAAGCGGGCGGCCGCGAUCGUCACGGACCACGGCGGGCGCACCUCGCACGCGGCCAUCGUCAGUCGCGAGCUGGGCCUCCCCGCCGUCGUCGGCACGGGCAAUGCCACGUACGUGCUGCACACUGGCCAGGAGAUCACCGUCUCGUGCGCCGAGGGGGACACGGGCCUGGUGUACGAGGGCCGCGCCGAGAUCACCACCCAGACCGUGGACCUGACGGACCUGCCGCCCGUCAAGACCCAGGUGAUGAUCAACCUGGCCAACCCGGCGGCGGCCUUCCGCUGGUGGCGGCUGCCCGCGGACGGGAUCGGGCUGGCGCGCAUGGAGUUCGUCGUCAGCAACGCCAUCCGCGUGCACCCCAUGGCGCUGGUCCACUUCGACCGGCUGCAGGAUGCGGGCGCCCAAGCCGAGAUUGCGCGGCUGACGACGGGUUACGAGCACGACCGCCCGGACUACUUCGUGGACCGGCUGGCGCAGGGCUUCGCGGCCCUCUGCGCCGCCGUCUACCCGCGGCCCGCCAUCCUGCGCCUGAGCGACUUCAAGACCAACGAGUACGCGGGGCUCCUCGGCGGCGCCGAGUUCGAGCCCCAGGAGGAGAACCCCAUGCUCGGCUUCCGGGGCGCGUCGCGCUACUACUCGCCGCGCUACCGGGAGGGCUUCGCGCUGGAGUGCCGGGCGAUCAAGCGGCUGCGGGACGAGAUGGGCUUCACCAACGCCAUCGUGAUGAUUCCCUUCUGCCGCACGGUGGGCGAGGCGCGCCAGGUGCUGGCCGUGCUGGCGGCCAACGGGCUGCGGCGCGGGGACAACGGCCUCCAGGUGUAUGUGAUGUGCGAGAUCCCCAGCAACGUCAUCCUGGCCGCCGAGUUUGCCGACUGCUUUGACGGGUUCUCCAUCGGGUCCAACGACCUGACGCAGCUGACCCUCGGGGUGGACCGUGACUCGGCCGAGCUGGCGCACAUCUUCAACGAGCAGGACGAGGCUGUGAAGUGGAUGAUUGCUCGGGUGAUUGCGGUGGCGCGCCAGAAGGGCUGCAAGAUUGGGAUCUGUGGCCAGGCUCCCAGCGAUCAUCCCGAGUUCGCCCAGUUCUUGGUGGACUCGGGAAUCGAUUCGAUCUCGGUCAGUCCGGACAGCUUCGUGACCGUCAAGCGGCAUCUGAUUCAAGCUGACCGUAAUCAGUCUAAUGGUCUGUGA